AGCAGAUCACUGCCCCUCUACUAUGGUUCAUAAAGCGUCCGUUCCUCAGUUUGUUUCCGUUCAGUUAGGAAGAGGUUGCUGAAGCUACAACAUUUGGGGUAGAAAGUAGUUUAGUGAAGUUAAGUUGGAAAUUAAUUACAAACAUUCAAGAUAGGAAGAAUAUCUUAAUAAUGGACGUACAGCCGUACUGUAGCAGAUCCAAUGCAAGAUACAAUGGACGACAAAAUAAUUAUCAACAUAAAACCUUUAGAAGAGGAGAGCGGUAUCCAAAUUUCCCUCGCAAUAAUUACAAUGCACGAUAUAACCAAUCUGUAAUUCAAAUCGGUACCGAAAAAGUUGGAAGACUUAUUGGCAAAAGUGGUAGUAAUAUUAGAGAAUUACAAGACAAAACAAAUACGAGAAUUCACGUUGAGAGAUCAAGUACAAAUGAUACAACAGCUGUAACCAUUAUUGGAACUAAAGAAGCACAACAACAAGCAAUAUGCUUGAUAGAAGAGUCAUUAAGAGAUAAUGUUAGAACAGAUAAAGUACGAAAAUUAGGAAAUGAACAAAGAGAAAAUGGGCAAAGGGAUUAUGGACAAAAGGAAAAUGAUCAAAAGGAAAAUGAUCAAAAGGAAAAUGAGCAAAAGGAAAAUGAGCAAGGGGAAAAUAAACAAGAGAAACAAGAUGAGAUACCAAGAUUUCUUAAUCUUGAUUGGCGACAAAUAAGCAAGGAUCAUGAUGAAUACCACAGACAAAGAUGGGCAAAGUGUACUCCUAUUGUUAAAAAUUUUUAUAAAGAGGAUCCAAUAAUUGCUAAUUUGACAUCAGAGCAAGUAGAUGCCUUUCGAAAGGCAAACAAUAAUAUAGAAGUGCACAUUGUGCUUGAUGAUGAAGAAGAUACUUCUGAAGUAUUAAGUAUACCCAACCCUAUCGAAACAUUUGAACAGGCCUUUCAAGAUUACUCUGAAAUACUUGAAGAAAUUAGAAAACAAAAAUUUCCUCAACCAAGCCCAAUACAGUGUCAAGCAUGGCCUAUUCUUCUUAGUGGCAGAGACCUUAUUGGCAUUGCGCAAACAGGAACAGGGAAAACUUUGGCAUUUCUACUGCCUGCUUUGAUCCAUAUCGAAGGCCAGAUAACACCGAGAUCAGAGCGGAAAGGACCAACUGUCCUUGUUCUAGCACCUACCAGAGAGCUAGCCUUGCAAAUUGAGAAAGAAGUAAACAAGUAUUCCUAUCAUGGCAUAAAGGCGGUGUGUGUAUAUGGAGGCGGAUGUCGUAAAAAACAAGUUGAUGUGGUAACAGAAGGUGUAGAAAUAGUUAUUGCUACACCUGGUAGACUAAAUGAUCUUGUACGCACAGAAGUUUUAGAUGUUUCUACCGUUUCAUAUUUAGUCUUAGACGAAGCUGAUCGUAUGCUUGAUAUGGGAUUUGAACCACAAAUUAGAAAAGCUUUAAUAGACGUAAGGCCAGAUAGACAAACUGUUAUGACGAGCGCCACAUGGCCGAUAACUGUCAGACGUUUGGCGAAAUCGUAUAUGAAAAAUCCAAUUCAAGUAUAUGUUGGAUCGUUGGACUUAGUUGCUGUACAUACAGUGCUGCAGAAGAUUUAUAUUAUUGAUGAAAAUGAUAAGACUGAUAUGAUGCAUCAAUUCUUUCGCGACAUGGCACCGAAUGAUAAAGUAAUAGUAUUUUUUGCAAAAAAAGCUAAGGUAGAUGAUGUAGCGAGUGAUUUAGCUUUGAUGGCUGUUAAUUGUUCAAGUAUACAUGGCGGAAGAGAACAAGCUGAUAGAGAACAAGCAUUAGAGGAAUUAAAAACUGGAGAGGCUAGAAUAUUAUUGGCGACAGAUGUCGCCAGUAGAGGAAUCGAUAUUGAUGAUAUUACGCAUGUUUUAAAUUUUGAUUUUCCACGGGAUAUAGAAGAAUAUGUUCACCGUGUUGGACGUACUGGCCGCGCUGGUCGUACCGGUGAAAGUAUUACUUACAUGACCCGGAGUGAUUGGUCUCACGCGAGAGAACUAAUUAAUAUUUUAGAAGAAGCUAAUCAAGAAGUACCUGAAGAAUUAUACCAGAUGGCUGAUAGAUAUGACGCAUGGAAGGAGAAGCGAGCUACCGAAAGACGCUCCGACCGAAACAGAAGAGGAAGAGGAGGAGGAGGCGGUUGGAGAAGAUGGUUUUAAUCUGGAAAGUUACCUACAUUUAUACAGUUCCUAUUCACUCAGGUUAAGAUAUACUUAAGUAUAUGUAUGUAAGAAAAACAGAAAUAUAUACAUUUUUUUUAUGGAAUGUAAAUGUAACAAAUCGACAGUUAUUAUUUCAAGGUAAUUUAAGAACACAUUUAUAACACGUGGCUAUUUUGCAAAAGUGUAUUGUUUAUAUUUUGGAUAUAAACUAAAUAAAAAUAUAAAUUACAUACAAGAUUA